AUGCAGAAUCUGACACAUUUUCUCAAAGCUUUAGACCCUAUCAAUUUCGCGCAUGGUGGCUUUGCAGUAGUUCACAAAGCACUCCUCAUCUCAUGUCAGGCUGAAAACCAGAUCGUUGCUGUGAAGUUUCCUGCCCUGCACGCCAUUCUGUCUAGUCAGGAUGUGGAACGUGCUCAGGUUAGGACGAAGAUUUUGCAGCGAUGGAGACGUGAAAUUAUGGCUAGCCAGAGCGUGUCGCAUCCAAACGUCUUACGAAGUCUCGGCUUCUGCGAUAACCCUAUCCUUGAAUAUCCGGAAUUCAAGGGCCUGGUUCUACCUUUCUGUGCGCAUGGGGAUUCAAAGAAGUACAUAGACUGUCAUCCUGAUGCUGACCGGAUGAGCAUUCUAAUUGGCACGGCAGCUGCAAUGUUUGCUCUCCAUUCAGCUGAACCUCCUGUCGUGCACGGAGACAUCAAAGCUCAAAAUAUUCUUAUCAGCGACAACCACCAAGCCCUCCUUGCUGACUUUGGCCUUUCUCGUAUUUGUGAGACGAAGGGAUUUACCACUCAGACUAUUAAUGGUUCAUGUCGCUGGAUGGCUACAGAACUAGUAAGGGCAUCCGCAGAAGAUAGACCGGUUCGAACGACCACAGCUUCAGACAUCUGGUCAUUCGGGAUGACAAUCCUUGAGGUCCUGACUGGAAGGCCUCCAUUUCCCGAAUUGUGGAAUAAUGCAGCUGUUUUUAUGAAGAUCCAUGCGUGGGAUGAUCAUUUUGAGAGGCCGUCUGACUCUUGCAUCUCAGAUGCAGUCUGGACGCUUCUCGUGGCCUGUUCGCGAAAGGACGCUUCCGCACGACCAGACGCCCGCCAUGUCGGCCUUGUGCUGGACCUUAUCGCUGGAGACGGUGCUGGACAACUCGAUGUGGUCACGAUUUCUAACGUUCUUCAUGGCAAUUUUGACAACGUCCCCUCGCAUCCCCGGAAUGCCCAGCAUCCCUCCCAACCUUACAAGUGCAAAUGGCUACACUGCUCCAAGUCAUUUACCGAUAUUGACGACCUAGUUGCGCAUGAGCGUUUCGAAUUCCUAGAGCGACGAGAUCAUGUUUUGUCACGGUUAUGA